GUCUAGAGGCCGUGAACCCCGGCAAUUUUUUGUUUAUUUUCCAACAAAAACACAAAAUUAUCCUCCAAAAUGAUUAAAAUUGCCGCUUUAAAUGAAGAAUCUGAUGAAGAAAGUGAUUCUGAGGAGGAAGUGACCCGAGAGGCCCUAGAACAAAUCGCAUUACAACAGUACGCUAAAGCUUUGGAUUUGCAAAGGAAAGGCAACGUUAAGGAUGCACUACAAUUACUCAAGGACUUACUGGACACGGAGCUUUUGUACGAAGUUAAGAAGCCAGCGCCCGGUGAGCAGGCAACUGAGCCAUUAUUCAAUUUGAAGUACUUGUGUUAUAAAAAUGUCGCUGCUAUUCAAAGCUCACUGGAAGAGACUGAUGCCGCUGUGGAGAGCUACUGCGCGGCCGCUGAACUGGACGACACCGACGUGACGCUGUGGCACCGCUUCGGACAGCUCUGCCUGCGGACUGAGCGCUACGACAUGGCCCUAAAUGCUUUCCAACGCGGAGCCACUUGUAACCCUCGCCACUGGCCGUGCCUAGACAAAAUUGUAACACUAUUACUAGGUCUUGGCUACUAUGAAGACUGCAUUGUGGCUAUAUAUGAUGCACUCCAGCUAGAUCCAGGCUACCUGCGAGGGCUAGCUUACAGGAAACAUAUUUAUACCAGUUAUCCUUACAUACAUGACUUCAUGGAAUAUACUAAUAAAAAAUAUAAGUGGAAUGAAAAAGAAGAUGAUGAAAUAGAUGAGAUAAAAGCUGCACAGUUGUUGAAAGAGGCACAAGUCAUAUUUGAUAAAUUUCAAGAGCAACAGAGAGCUGAGGAGGCAAUCAAAUGUGUUCUUCCCGACUUGAAGCUACAGAAACCAAUCACAAGCCUCACCUGGUCCGCAGUUGGAGAGUCCAUUGUCCACAUGCACAAUUACAUGACAGAGAAAUACUUCAGCCACGCUUGCUUCAUAGAAAUGGCAUUCAAAAAGGAAGAAAAAGAGGAAAUUAUGGAAGUGUGUGAGGAACCAAAGAAAAUUGAGUCUUCCGAAAGCAAGUCUGAAGAAAUGAUUAUAGACUUAGAAAAGAAUGGGGAAAAUGGGUCUGAGAAUGAUAAUAAUGAUUUAUCUGAUAAAGAAAAAGUAACAACUGAUACUGAAAAAGAAGAUGGAGAUAAUGAUGCAUCACCAACAGAGGCCACUUCAGCUGACCCCCAGCCCCAGUCUGGGGAUAGUAAAGAACUGAAGAAACCACCAGUUAGAAGAAGAGGAAGUGAUUUGAGUUUCCUUCAACAGUGGGAGUGGUGUAACAAAAGAAAGUCUGGCCGUAAGAAGCAAGUUGUGAAGGAUACUAAUGAUAAUAUUUAUGAUACACUCAGGAAAAUGGUUCCUACAAGUCUAGUCCCAGAGAUUGUGGCCAAAAAAGAAAGCCAGAAGGAAAGAGAAUCAUCCCCAGAUGUCACAGACAUUGAAAAGCUUUUUGAAGAGAAAGAUCCUAAAGUGGUAAAGAGUGAUGAUAGUCAAGAUAAAGAAAAGAAGGAUAUGAAUAGUGAAGAAUAUUUUGGUACAGACAAUGAGCAAAAAGAUGUGGAAAGUUUUAUAAACAAAUAUACAGAAAACAAAAGAGAUAUAAUAGAGAUUCUGAAAGAAUUCCUUCAGAUUCUAAGCAGCAAGUGGAAAGUGAAAUGGCCUGAAAGACUUCCUAAUAUUUUUGUUGAAGCUAAUAAAUGCUAUGGAAACCACAUAGAUGUGCCAACUUGUACAGAUGAUAAUAUAGAAGAGUUGCUACACUAUGUCCAUGUCAAUAUCUUAACUGAAGAGUUUACAGUGAAUAGAAAACUGAAUGCAAUACCUGAAGACAAACAGCUCCAUGAACUAAAUGUGAUAGAGACUUUAGGACUGACAUUGGCUUUCAAACCUCACAUAUUUGGUUCAGAUUGCUUAGAAACUAUGCUUAGAUAUCUGUGGGUAAAGUUACAUUCCCAUUUGAUAAACAAAAACGAUGAGUUUGCAUUAGACUGCUUGUACCAACUGUCUCAUGAAUUCGAAGCAAUGGGAGAGCACCAUGAGACUUUCACUUUGAAACUGGAAAAUUUCUCAUUCAAGCCCAAUAUAAAUGAAAACGAAAUAGCUGCUUACAUAAAGUUCCUAGAGAGAAACAAAAGACUGUCAACUGUUAUGGAGCUGUAUGAAUGUGGAAAGUAUGACGAGGUUCUAUCCAUUGUGAUAGACUCAUUUGAGCACUGCAAAGAUAUAGCUAGAAAGCAGGAAGAGGAAAUGUCCCUUGAUUUUGCUGUUCAGCUGUCAAUCAUACUGGAUGCUUAUUGGGCUUUGGAUAAAGUGGAUGACUGUUUUAAGUGGUCCCUUAUAUGCCUUCACGAGGCACUAAAGCAUUUCUUCCAUUAUACAUCUGGCUGUCAGGAUUACGAGAAAUGGGCUCUGGCUGUCGUUAAAAUACUGUGUUGCAUGGAGCAUGUUUUAAGCACUGAAGGUCUUUAUGUAUUAGAUAACGUCUCCCGCAAAGAUCUGAGUCAAGGCCUCGACAAUCUAAUAAGAAUUAUUGGCCACCAAGUGGAAACAAGUACGACUGAGAUGCCAUUUGGUACUGUUGUGCCAUGGAUCAUUAUGUAUUAUAUAUUACAAAGGGAAGAAGACCAGGGAAGGGGGAGAACUCUGGUUGAUAAAGAUAUGGAUGCCAGUGAUGAUGUGCCGAAUCCUUUGAUGGUACUGUUCUUAGGACACGAAAAACUCGGUAGUCGCGGAUGGUGCUGUAAAAGUGACGCUAAAUUACUCUAUUUCAUAUUAGAUACUCUUGUGCCGCGUCUCCGCUCGCCAUUGUUGGCAAGAUCCCUGGAGCAAAUCCUCCAAUACUUGGAGCAAUGUGUCUAUUGCCUCUUCGGUCAUCCUGGCAAGAAGAAUAAAGUGAAAUACCUCGAAGAUCAUAACGCCACGCCACACUCGCUCGAUUGGCCGAGAGCGCAACAAAUCUAUGAAAUAUUCCGACCUAUAGCAUUACCAGAACUACAUGGCAAAGUCACUGCUCUAACCGCUGAUACCGAACAUCUGUUCCAUCGCAUAUUGGGUCUUCUGCCGCCGGAAUACGAGCUACAGAAAUACGUACCGGACUUGGAAAAGUUCAUGACAGGAAAAGAAAGUAAGAUGCCAAGCGUGCCUCCUCUUUUACCCUACAAAAUGAGAGACAUUUACUUCUUAUUAGGAGACUACUAUUUCAAGAAGGAGGAGGGCAAAAUGUCCAUAAAAUACAACAUGUUCGAUGUCAUUAUCAACAACAGCAGAUUCGAAUCGUGGGCUGAAAUCACAUUGGCGAAAGCUAUAAAUCUGGAGAGGAUGCUUAACUCAUGUAAUAAUAUCAAUAACGAGAAGGAUUUCAUGAGACCCGCAAAGACAAUCAUUCGAUGUUUCAAACGAACCCUAGACUUGGAGUCAAACUGUGACGUGUGGGUUGAAUAUGGCGUGUUCUCUUACGCUGUCCACUCGUUCUGCUCGAGAUUGUUGAAGCAAGCCAGCGAGUCCCUGAGCAUGGAGGAUUUCGAAUCUCUUGAAAAUCAGAAAGAUGAGAUGUUAGAAACAACACAGAAAUGCUUUGGCACAGUCUCUAAUGAUCUCCCGCACAAUCCAGACCCUGACAAAGUUCACGAAGGAAUGUGGCUGUCAUACUAUUUACUGGGUAAAGUAGCGGAAAAACGCAACAAACCGCCCGCCGUUUAUACGGAAUUAUACCUAAAGUCCGUCAAAUGUUUGCACGAGGCUGAAGCCACUUACCCGUCCAAAAUUAACUACAACUCACCACAGAAUUAUGCGAUUGAAGUUCUGGAGUUACACUACCGCAUCCACGCUUCCAUCCUGAAGUACAUAGAGCAACAUGAGAACAAGCCUAUCCCUGCUUCUAUCGGGAAAGUAUUCCUCAGUCGGAUAGAAGAGUGGAAAAGUGGGCCGUUUACUAAAAAGCCCAAGAAAGUAAAUUCAACAGAAACAACCACAAAUUCAACAGAUGUUGAAAUGAAAUCUUUUGAGACGCCAGCGCCUCAGGCAGCUAACAUAUUGAAGAGAUCCAUCAGUGAUGUGGGCGAAGAAGAUACAGCUGAAGCAAAGAGACUGAAACUAGACUCGGCCGCGGCCAAAAUACGGCGAUCGGCAUCGUACGAUACUGAAAGAUUAGCAGCUAAAGAACCUAUGGCACAGGACAAAGGUCAAACUAUUGAAACAAUCAAAGAACAAACCAUAGAAACUGAAAACCCUCCUGAAAAAGAUGCGGCAACAACACCAACAGAGGAGAAAAAACAAGAGCAAACGACAGAUGGUAUCAAAGAUCAGACGACACCCACAGAACCAUACACAAACGGCCACGCGGCACCAACUACUACUGAAGUUAACUCUAAACCACUUGAACUAAUCGCUGAAACCGAGGCAAAGGUGCAACCCGCUGAAACUGAGAAAAAGGGAGAAAGUUCUAGCAGCACCUCCUCUUCUUCCUCGUCAAGUAGCUCCAGUGACUCCAGCUCCGACAGCACCAGUGACUCGAGCAGAGACAGUGACACUUCCAGCAAGUCUUCCAAUGACAACCGACCACUGACAGACGACGAAAUCAUGAAUAUCAUUUCAGCCUGUCUAGACGCCCUCGAAGACUGCGUCAGUCGCUUCCCGCUCCACUACAAAGCUCUCUACAGAAUAGCUCACUACCAUUUUUACUACAAAAAAGGGAAAGACAUUGAGAGAUGCAGAGACAUCAUGUUGACCAGUUUCACGUCAAAACUCGGCAACAAAGUGACGGGACUGUUCGGAGAACGCAAAACCACCAACUUCUUCAACAACAUCUGGAGAAUACCGCUGAGUGAAAUAGACAGGCCGGGGGGAUUCGCCAAUCACAUGAACCGCUGCGUCCUGCUCACUAUGGAGAUACUGAAAGAGAUAGAUGACCACAAGACGUUGCAAGAGAUGAGUAUGCAACUGCAGAGGAUCCCAGAACCGGACAAGAAGUAUUUAAGAGAUUCCGACAGAGAGGAACUCGCUCAACAAGCCUUCUCCUUAUGCGUGCAGUCUCUGAAAGGACAACUCCAGAAAUUCAGUCAGCAAACAGACUUGAAGAGCAAUGAAAUCGAAAAGAAGGCUUUCAACAGCCUCAUGCUGGACAUCUAUAGAGCCUACCAAAAAGCCCAAAAGCAGCCGAACUCGAAACAAUUUGUAAACUUGCUAGUUGAUGGCUAUAAAUUGAUCACGACAAUAACGAUUACGGAAACCACGAACUUGGUGGACCUGAGUAUGAAGUACUGCCAGUCGUUGAUUCAGGCGUUGAAGCAGCAAGCGACCCUGGCUAGUCUGGAUAAGACACAAAACGCGCAGAAGAAACAAGCAACAAAGUCCGUAGAAAGUGCGAAAGUUUCGACGGCGUCUGUAGCGCAACCACAAAUCCCCAAGGUAGAUUACGCUAAGGCUACUUCAUCGGCUAGUGCUCUACCGAAAAUGUCUACUCAGGACAUGACCAAAGCAUUCCAAAGUUGUCUCCCGAUGUUGUCGGACCCAGUGUUGUCUCAGCAAGCGGCAGCGGCGCUUUCGCUGUCAUACUUGAGCAAUAUGAGUGCGUACGCCGGCUACUCAGCCCUGCAGAACACAUUGCAAUCGUCUUUACAAACCUCGCUACAGAAUUCCUUCCAAGCGGAAUUCUAUCGCCAGUUUCUUGGACAAAACUUCUCUUCGUUCCUGCCCCCGCCGAAGAAGCAACAGAAACGGGGCCCCAAACCGCGCACAGAAAUGCCAAAGACAGUGACGCACGGUGCUACCACAGUGACUCCUCUGAACCCGCAAAUGAAAGGAACCUCGAAGUCAUACACUUCCGGACACAGCUCUUAUAACAAAACUCCUACCAGUGUCGCUACUAUCACCAAAUCAGCUUCUACCGGUGUAAGCUCCAAGAGCAAGCCGUCUUCAACGACCAUAACCUCUGUGCCAAAAUCAAUGUCUUCAAACUCAGUCAACAAACCAACUUCCAUGGCUUUGCCUGCGAUUACCAUGGCAGUUUCAUCCAUGGCGUUACCUACGAUAACGAAGUCAGUUUCCACAGGAGCGUAUGGGUCAACUAAAACGGCGGUGACACAUUCCAUGGCAGUGCCCUCGAUGGCGAAGUCAAGCUACGGCUCAAAGUCAUCAUUAACUGGACACAGUAAACCCUCAGUGCUCACUAGCACUCACAAGCCCAAUUCGUCGACACUAGCCCCAAGUAUGGGUACAGUUCUCCAAAACCUACCUGCAUCUUUGACAGCCGCGAUGCAAUCAGCCAUGGCCACUUCAUCGAUCCCCCACUCCAGUGCUCACAUCUCAAUGCCAGCGCAUAUAACCAGCUCAUCUACAGUAAACGCUGCUAUACAUACCAAACCUCCCUUACCACACCAACAAGUCAGUCCAGGAAAGACCCUUCAAGAAAAACUAGCGGAGCGUCAAAAGAACUCCCAUGAUUUAAGCGCCUCUAUUGGACGUCUGCCGUCAUCUUUAACUAUAACUAAAUCUGGCUUAUCGAAACCGCCGAUGGUCCAAGGAAAGAAAUCUGAAACUAAAAAAUCUCUGAACUUUGAAAGUGAAAGGCCAAAACCGCUCAUAACAUCAGACGAGGUGAUUGUUCUUGAUGAUGAUGAUUGAAGGCUGAAAGUGCCUAAAUCUUAUCAUAUUAUAUUAUUAUGUAUUUCCCAUUUAUAAUAAGUAGGUAUAUGUUAGAGCUGGCUCUUGUAACAUUUUUGUAUUGUAUGAUUUUAAUAAGACUGUGAAUGAUUUGUAUAAUAGAUUUUAAUUCUCAAUUAAAAAUAAUUUGAUGAAUA